AUGCCUGUGGACAUGAGAAAUGGGACCACUGUCCAGGAAUUCAUCCUGGAGGGGUUUCCUGCUGUCCAAUACCUGGGAAAAGCUCUCUUCCUGGUGCAUCUGCUGGCCUACCUGGCAUCCAUUGCAGGAAAUGCAGUGAUAGUCGCUAUCACCUGUGUGGAUGCCCGGCUCCAUACACCUAUGUAUUUUUUCCUCAGCAUUUUUUCCUUCUUUGAAUGUUGCUUUACAAGUGCUGUUAUUCCUAAAUUGAUGGCUAUCUUUCUUUUAGGCAGACAAACUAUUUCUUUUGCUGCCUGUUUUAUACAAGCUUUUGUUUUAGUAUUUCUGGGGACAUCAGGUUUUCUCUUUAUAGCUGUGAUGUCUCUGGACCGGUACAUGGCCAUUUGUAGACCUCUGCACUACCCUACCAUCAUGAACUUGAGAACUUGUUUCCUUCUUGUCACUUCUUGCUUUGCUUUGGGCUUCACUCUCAUCACUGGCCUAGUGGUGAAGGUUUCUCAAUUAUACUUCUGUGGCCCCAAUAUCAUCCACCACUUUUUCUGUGACCUUGGUCCUCUAAUCCAUCUCUCCUGUUCUGACACCAAAUCUGUUGAAAUGUUGGCAUUUAUCCUAGCUUUGUUUAUCCUUUCUAUAUCCCUUAUUAUAACAGUCAUUGCAUACAGCCAAAUAAUUGUCACAAUUGUGCAUCUUCCAUCAGCCAAGGAACGCCAGAAGGCUUUCUCCACCUGCUCAUCUCACCUCAUAGUUCUCUCUCUGAUGUACGGCAGUUGUAUCUUUAUAUAUGUGAAACCAAAGCAAACCAAGAGGCUGAACUUCAACAGAGAGGCUGCUCUUGUGAACACUGUGGUGACCCCACUGCUGAACCCUGUCGUCUAUACUCUGCGGAACAAGCAGGUCCACCAGGCUCUGAAGGAGGCUAUGAAUAGAAUAAAAAUAGCAAGAUAA